UUGUAGCAGGAAGAAGAAGAAGAAAGCAGGCAGCAGUUGUAGCGCAAAAGAGGAAAAUAGAAAUUAUCUGCGCCGCCUUUGGCCUACUGCAAAUCGAAUCAACGGGAUUGAAAAAAUCCUGCCCGAAUCGAGUAACCAAAGAGCUUCGUAUUGGAGGCCCUCGAGGGAUUUAUUUUAGUUAUUUAAACAUCUCGCAGUGAAGCAACGUUUCUAAUAAGCAAGCAUAUAUAAAUGGUUUCUACUUUCAUUGGCCUAUUGGACAUUCAAUCAUGGUGGGAGAUACCGUGUAUUUCGCAUUUCUGUUCAUUGUUUAGUUCCGCCUUCGAAUUACCCGAUAUAGACAUCGAGGACCUCGAGUCGGCGCUGCUCUCCGAUGGUACCAGCGAUGAGGAUCAGGUUGCCCUAGUGCCCGAAUUGAUUGUGCGCCUCCUCAAGGGCUGCGAUGCGCUCCAAUCGGUAGCCAAGGAGAUCACACACAGCAACUAUCAGAUGUUCUUGCGCCGCCUGUUGCGCCAACAGUGUCGUCUGCAUCAAACAGAGAAUCCCUUCGACACGGACAUUGACUUUCAAUCGCUGCCACCGCGCAAGCGCCUACACAUUCUGCACGAUCUGUGUCACUUUCGCCUGGAAUCUGCCGAUGUGCAGGUCAUACUCAGCAAUCUAGAGGCGGACAGCCUGCGCGUAGAGCCACUCGGCCACGACUCUAAAAAUUCCGGUUAUUGGUAUUUCUACGGCACUCGUUUGUAUCGCGAGGAUAAGGCAGUUGGCGGGGCCGCCGCAGCAUCGGCUGGCGGUGCAGGCAGCAACUGCAAUACCGUGUGGCAGGUCAUCUGCUUCACCGAGGAGGACUGGCAGAACUUGGCGGCCAAAUUUAAGACCUCAAAGAAUGCCAAAGAGCGCGAACUCUUCCAAAUACUCAACAAGAACUUUCUGCCCAAGCUGCCGCAGCUUUUCCGCGAGCGUGAACGCCUAAGAAGAAGAAAACUCUUGCAAGUGCGAAAUUCGAGUCGCAUUCGCAGCAUUGCUGAGCUGAAGGCUCGCCAGGAGGAGGAGCGUCUGGAGCGGGAGCGUGAGCUCGAAAGGGAACGCCAGCGAAACGAGCGCGAGCAGAGAGAGCGAGAGUACAGAGAGCGGCAGAACGCACAGUGGGUGGCACCGUCAUCCCAGAACCAGAACCAGCGCACACGCAGACGCUCUCAAUCAACAUCGACGGCCAGCGGUAUUUCCACAUACGCAAGCUCCUUCCGACGUACCACAACCACUAAUUCGAGCGAAUUUCUGUGCCACAGGGAAACCUUCUGCCUAUCGCCAGAAAGUGACGAGGACACCGAUACCGAGGAGGAGGAGGAGGAGGACGAAGACGACGCCAAAACAAACGAAGCGGAACAGUCAUCGUCGCCGACAGAACAGCAAGAGCAAGAGACUCAAUUAAUUGCUGCCUCAGCAUCAGCAGCGGCAGUAGCAACAGCAGCAGACACAGAUUUUCGUACGCCUCAAACACCACCACCGUCAGAAUCGCAAACGCCAGCGGAACCAAAGAGCAAGAGCCAUCAUCGUCAUCAACACCAUCAUCAUCAUCAUCACCACAAGAAGAAAAAAUCGGGCAAGAAACAGAAGAAGCGUUCGCGUGAGCAUCGACACCAUAGGAGGCGUCACAAGCAUGCUUCAGAGCCAGAGGAAGAUCAAGAAGACGACAACAACAACCAGCAGCUGCAACAGCAGCAUCAGCAAAGCGAGAACAGCAGCAGCAGCAACAGUGUGCCGCAUAAGCGACGUCGUCGUCAGCAGCAGCAGCAGCAGAGGGAACAGCGCCCAGACGCUUCAGAGGAGCGACCGCAUGCCCCAUCUCUGAGUCCCGAGGACAAGGAGAACUUUUGUCGGCAGCUUCAGCUCUUGGACUCGAACUCGGCGGCGAUUGCCGUGGCCACAAGCAUCGCAGACCUGAGCAUACCCUCGCCAGUGGCACAUGAGAGCGACGCAGAGCAGCAAGAGGCGCAACCGCAGCAGCAGCAACCAGCAGAGCUCCCAGCUCGACCACGACAGACGACGGCCGCCGCAAAGCGCGCGCAACGGCAAAUGGCGCCGGCGGCGAAUGUAAAGCUGCCAGGCCGGCAAACCAACAAUUCGCUCAGUUCGCUGACGGGCAACAUUUUCAUACCAGGCAGCGCUGGCACACAACAACAACAGCCGCAGCAGCAGCAAUCGCAGCAGCAAUCGCAGCAGCCACAGCAACAGCAAUCGCAGAGCAGCAGCAGCAACAGCAGCGGAUCCGGCGCCUCGGGAUCUGCCAGCACUGUGCGCUCGAAGAAGCAAAAGGCUGUGCUGAAUAAUAGCUCGACGGACAAAGAGGCGGCGACGACGACGGGCAACAAGAGCAAGAAGUCAAUACCUUCAUCGGCAUCAUCAUCGUCCAGCAAGGCGGAGCGGCACAGUGGUGCCUUCUCGGACAAGAGUGGCGAUGACUUCACCGAAACGGAGGAAGUGCUACAAAUUGGAAUGCACAAGGUGCUCGUCUACGUGAAGAAUCAUCGGGAUGCAUGGCCGUUUAUGGAUCCCGUCGAGGAGGACAUUGCGCCGCGUUAUUACUCCAUUAUUAGGAGACCAAUGGAUCUGUUGAAAAUGGAGGAUAAGCUGGACAGCGGAGAGUAUCACAAAUUUGGAGAAUUUCGUAAUGAUUUUCGCUUGAUUGUCAACAAUUGUCGGCUGUACAAUGGUCACAAUAAUGAAUACACGGAAAUGGUGAACAAUCUGCAGGAUGCCUUUGAGAAGGCCACCAAAAAGUACUUUGAUAAUCUGUCAGACGAUGAGGAUGAUGACCCAAAUCUGAGCUAUCCCGCUGCCGAUUCCAAGAUGAAUGUUUUCCGCGAAAAGUACUUCAGCAAGAAGGCCAAGGAGGAGGAGGGCAAGGAUGCGACUGGUAAUGCUUUACAUGCGGAUAGCAGCGCCGAGGAGGAGCAGCCGCUCAGCGCCAUGGAAGAACCAUUGGCGGAGACGGCAGCGUUGGCAGCGGCGGCCUCUGCACAGCGGGCCCAAAAGCGCAAGCGCAAGGAGAAGGAUAAGCGGCGCAAAAAGAAGACCAAAACCAAGUCGGAUCGCAGCGGUGGGCAUCUGGAGGAGCUGGACACGGACGAGGAGGAGUUUGAGCCCGAAAGAGAAGCAACGCCGCCACCGCCGCAGCUGCCGCCACCAGCACCACCUCCAGCCACAACCAAAAAGAGCAAAGCUGGCAAAGUAAUCAAAGAAAAGGAGAAGGAAAAGGACAAAGAAAAGGACAAGGAAAAGGAGAAGGAGCCUUCAACUGCCGUCAAACGUGGACGAAAGGGCAAAGGCGAAAAGACCGCAGCAAAGGCGGGCGGCAAGACACAGCAAAAGACCAAAAAGGGUGGCAAAAAGUCGGUACCCGAAACGGAGUCGGACCUAAGUGAUCCACGCGAGGAUGAGGACUCCAGCGAUGACGAGCAGUUGGCCCUGGCCAAGGCCAAGUCUCUGAUGAAACCAUCCGCACGCACGAUAGCCGCACAAAAAAAGAAAUCUGUGCCCGCCGAGUCCAAAGUGAAGACACCGACGCCCGUGAAGCGUCAAGUGAAGGGCAAGAAGGGCGGCAGAAAGUCGGGAGCCAAGGAGGAGGACGCGACGGAGUUGGACAGCGAUAAUUCGGAUGCGGAUGCAAAGAAGCAACUGUUGCCACCCACGGCAGCCGCAGCGCUCGCAGAGUCUGCCGCAGAGUUGGAGGAGGAUGAGGAUGAGGACGAGGAUGAUGACGAUGACGAGGCUGAUGAGGAUGGAUCGAGAUCGCGCAGCAUGUCACCCUUUAAGGUUGAUCUCCAUAAAAAAUACUCGAAAAGUGCCCUUAACGAUGAUCUCUCCGAGCUGCUGACGACGGUGAAAAAAGUACCCACCGCAGAGACCACGAAACUCAGUGCCAAGCACGAGGACGAGCAUGAGGAGGAGCAGCUGCAGCAGAGGAGUCAACCACGACGAGUGUCACCAAGCAGGAGUCGAUCGAGCUCCACAGAACGUCGCCCUUCACCAGUGGCCACCACUAAGAAAGGGAAGAAGGCAGCGGGAGAGAGCAGUUCGCCAGCCAAAAAGGAGAAGGAAAAGGAGAAAAAGAGCAAGGAAAAGGACAGAGAUAAGGAUAAAGAUAAAGCACGCAGUGGGAAACACAAGAGCAAAAUAAGCAAAGAAGAGUCGGCCGCUGCGGCUGCUGCCGCUGCAGAGCAAGCGGAGCUGGAGAUGCUUCUGCCCUUCAUGGACAAGUACGAUGUGAUCAAGUAUCGACGCAGUCGCGCGGCUCAGAGUGGCUCGUCCGCCUCCAAUUCGAUUGCGCCCAGCGAGGACUCCAAAUCGGCCAGCACCAAGAGCAGUCGCGAGAGCAAGAAGGCCGCCUCCAAGCGGGACAAGUCACCAGAAGCGCCAGCGGAGCACAAGCGUGGCCGCAAGAGCAAAGAGCAGAAGCGUGCCAAGGAUGCCGAGAAGCUGGAGAAAACCGAGAAGUUAGAGAAGACCUCGUCAAAGCCAGCCAACAAGGCGCUUGAGCCGGAGAAGCAUGCGGAAAAGUCGAAGAAAGCGGAGAUACCAAAAAGCACAGUGGAGAAACCAACGCCCAAAGAAAAGACACCACCAGAACCGGCCAAAGCGUCGUCGACAGCCACCGUGAAGCCGUCAUCCUCCAAGGCGUCGACCACAAAAGCUUCGCCCCCAAAGGUGGCAGCUACAAAGGCAGCAGCUCCACCCAAAGCGACGGCCACGGCGACCAAAUCGGAGGCAACAAAGGAGCCUGUCGCCAGUAGCAGCAGCACGGUUGUGGGUGCUGCUGCCUCUGCAGCUUUUGUUGCCACUCCAGCUGCGGCUGCAGCGAGUUCCAAAGUGAAGGAAUCGCCAGCCAAAGCAGCGGCUAAGAAGCGUGCGGCCAAGGAAAUGCCACCACCACCAAAGCCCGCAGACAAACCCAACGAGAAGGGUGCCAGAAAGGGUGCGAACAAAAAGGGCGGGCAAAAGGGCGGCGGACCAACGACAAAUAACACCACGAACCUCGAAGCACUCGAUGUGGAGACAGAGCAGACCCUCAAGGACAUCAAUCGCUGGCUGGAGCACACGCCACAAUUCACGGCGGAGUUUAGUUCCGCCAGCAAUUCCCCGAAUUCGCGAUACAAUUUGCUGGAUGACUUUGACUCUGCGCUGGGUGCCAGCAAGCUGGAGGCCGCGGACUUUCGACGACCGGUGGCCCUAGCGGCGCCCAAGGUGGAGCUGGUGCCCAACAAACUGGCCGAAGCGUUGAACGAUCUGGUGGCCGAUGGUCCGCCCAAGGAGGGAGCCAAAUCCGAAACGGAAUCGGCAGCGCCCACGGCCAGCAGUGUGAGCAGCAGCUGUGGCACACCGCCGCAUUCGAUGCACUCGAGCAACUCCAUUGGCAGCACCUCGGCGACAGCUGCCUCCAGUUCGAAUUGUUCUAACACUUCGAUGCCCACGCCGCUGCCGGUGGCAGUGACGCCCACACCGACAACGCCCACGCCACCGCCAGUGCUGCCCGUACCGAAGCCCAAGGAGCCGUCGACGACGCAGCUGCUGUUGAAUCCUCCACCGCCGCCACACAUCAAGCAGCAGCUGGCCAAGGAGGCCAAGCGGAAGAGCCUCAAGGAGAAGCAAGCGGCCACGGCACAGGCGCAGCAGGUGAAGGCCAAGGGGAAUGUGAUGCGCACGAUUGAGCGGCUGCAGCCGGGCAAGGCCAAGGGUAAUCUCAUCCAGAAUGUGGCCGCAGGCAAGGCGGAGGAGAGCGCAGACACCACACUCAAUCAGGUGGCCACCAAGACCAAGGAACUGAAGAAUGCCCUCAUCACAGAGACCACGGAUGGAGCACCGAAACUGAGUCUGGGCACCGUGAUCAAAACUCAAGACUUCACGCUGGGCAAGACGUUCGACGAGCUGGCGGGUGCGGGCAAGAAGCCAACGGAUGAGGAUGACAGCAGUCCCAACGAGGAGAGCAAAUCCAAUGAGUCGUCAGUGAGCCCCAAGACCCCGAGCAAGGAUUCCCCACCCAAGCCCUUUGAGGCGCUGCUGGAGCUGAGCAAAUUGGCCAAGGGAUCAACGGAGGCAUCCUCCAAGGCGGCAGAGGCAGCUGGGCAGAAGGAGAAGCCGAAUUUGAGCGCCUGGCUGAAGGCCUUUGGCGGUCCAAAGGUGAGCAAAAAGUCCGACGAAGAGGAGAAGCAGCAGACGCCCGGAUCGGGUGGGGAUUUGCCUGGCGAGUCCAACAAAGUGCCGCCACCAGAGCACUCGCCCGCGGGGGAUAACUUCUCGCUGCCGACGGUGAUGCGCCAGCGGAAGCCCAGCACCGGCAGCACCAACUCCGAGAGGAGUUCCUUCAGCCAGGAUCCCGACUCGCCGCGGAUAGCCAUCGAUGAGCGUUAUGGAGCGUAUGCCGCGGGCUCCUACACUUCGCCCAUAGGCGCCUCACCGAUCGGGGCCUCACCCAUAAUGGUGUCGCCAAAGCCCAACGAUGACAUGGGCAAGCCAGCGUCGCCCUACCCGCUGAAUGGAGCGAUCAAGGUGGGCUUCUAUCAGGACACCACCACCAAGAGCAGUCCCGACAAGAGCUGCAGUCCGCGCGAGAUGAACUCUCCCUAUCCACAGUACUCGCAGCACAUUUACUCCUCCGCCUCAUCGCCGAAUGUCUCUACGCCGGAUCUGAGCGGCACAUCGCCGUAUGGCGGCGGCAACAGCUAUAAUCCCUCGGGUUCGGAGGCCUCCAAGACGCCUGCGUAUUCGUCCACAUCGCCGCUGCCCAUCUACGAUCAGUACAAGCAGCCGCGUUCCCAGGAAUCUGACUACAAUUCCUCCAUGAGUCCGAGCACACCGAAUCCGCAUUCGCCCUACCAGCAGCCACAAAGUUCGCCGUACACGACGCCCCAGCAGACGCAACCGUCGCCGUAUCAUGGCCAAUCGCCGUACCAUCAGCAGCAGCACUCACCAUAUCAUCCGCAGGCGGGACAACAGCAGCAGGGCAGCGGCGGCGGUGGGUCACAAUCCUCGCACAGUCCGGCGGCGCAUCAGCAGGCGCACAGUCCGAUGCAAGGCAGCGUGGGAUCGCCUGCCUCCUCGGCAGCCACACAACCGCCAACGCCGCUAGCUCAGUCUCCGGCAGAGCAGCAACAUUCGCCGUAUCAGCAGCCCGUGCUGUCGCCCUACCAGCAGCAGCAGCAGCAACAGGUGGUGCAACCUCCUGUGAUUGGUGCAGCACCAGCGGUGCAGCCAACCACCAGCGCUGUGGCACCAACAGCUCUUGGCAACAAUGGCUAUGGCUCCGCGCUCGAUGGCUACCAGCAGCAACAGCAAAGAUCGUUGUAUAAUCCGGCAACGUUGAUCAAUCCACUGCCCACUGCGGCGGCAGCUGUGUCCUCGGCGGCAGCCUCCAUCACAAAACCGAACAAUGAAUGGAGUCUGAAUCGCAGUCUGUUGCCGCCGAGCAUAACCAACAAUGUAAAUCAGCAGGCAACGCAACAGCAGCAGCAACAGCUUCAAGCAGCCGCGCAACAACAAGUCUUGGGGCUGCAACAGCAAAUGAAACCCAAAUAUCCAACGUACGCGCAAUAUCAAUCCACAAAUGCGGCAGCCAGUGCGGCAGCAGCAGCCGAUGCAGUGGACAAGCAGCAACAACAACAGCAACAACAACAGCAGCAGCAGCAGCAACAGCAACAGAAGAUUGUGCCACCAACUUAUGGCAGCGACAUGGCCACAUUUAUGCAACAAAUUCAGCAGCCGCCCAAGACGGAGACGCUGAUCAAUCCGCUUAAGCGACCCGGCGAGGAGUUGGGCAUGGAUUUCAGUGGAAAUGCAGCAAAUAAAAUGCCGAAAAUAGACGACACUGCGGCACAGCAGCAACAGCAGACGCCAGCACAGAUGCAGCAAGCGCCAGUGGCAAACCACACGCAAUCUCACUUGACCAAGCAGCAGCAAAUGUUCAACAGUUUCCUGGGCACCGUCACAUUUGGCAAGCCGUUGGGCAACAUUGCGCCAGAUAAGGCCUUUGAGAUGUACAAUCGAGCGGCAGCCAUGGGUUUCCCCAAGGAUUUUGGCAAGGACAACAGUUGCCAGCUGCAGCAGCAACAAGCCACGCAACAGGCAAGCGGCAACAAGCAGCAAACGAAUCAGCAACAAGCGCAGCAGCCACACUUGACGCAGCUGCAGACGCCGCAUAAUCAAAACUAUCAGCAACAACAGCAGCAGCAACAGGCACAAAAGUUGCCACUGCAACAACAGGAACAGCAGCAGCAGCAACACAACUACCAGCAGCAGCAGCAGCAAGCGCAAUUGAAUCAUAAUUAUACAACACAGCACCAGCAGCAGGCGACGGCGGAAAAGCCGCCAGUCACACAGGCCGCUGGAGCAGUCGUCAGUGAUGCGAGCAACAUGAUGCAUCUACCCUCGACCGCGCACCAGCAUCAUCUCAGCCAGACGCACCAUUUGGCGGCAUACAACAAGCCGACGCCGCCGCCACCGCAGACCUACAACAAUCCGCUGAUGCACAGCCUCACCGAGUCGAUGCUGGGCUAUCCCGGAAACUACUUUGACAAGGCAAUGCCGCCGGCGGCUCACAUGUUCAGUGCCUCGAUUGCGGCGGCCACAGCGUAUGGUAAUCCCGCACAGCAACUGCCCGGCAACUAUGUGCCCGGCAGCAACAAUCCCGCGCAACAGCAGCAGCAGCAGCAGCAUCAGGCUCCUGUAGUAGCAGCACCGCCCCCAGAGGUCAAGGCACCAGCAAAGCGUGGCAGGAAGAAGAAGGCAGCCACCAUUGCUGCGGAGGCAGCGGCUGCGGCAGCUAAACAACAGCAACAGCAGCAGCAACAGGCGCAACAGCAACAGGUGCAACAGCAGCAGCAGCAACAGGCGGCUGCGGCACAGCAGGCGGCCGCGCAGCAGCAAGCACAACAACAGGCAGCUGCGGCGGCGGCGGCGCAGCAACACCAGCAGACAAUGGCGCAAUACAACAUGCCACAGGGAUUCCAGCUCUAUGCUGGACUCAAAUCGGGCGGCGUCUCCUCGCCCGCCACUAGUGCGGCGGCCACGCCCACAGCCGGAGGAGCGAAUGGCAGCAAUCAAACGGCAGCAGAUGCUGCGGCAAUUUCCCUCAAGACCUCCACAGGUGGCAUGGUGCCGGGCAGUGCCUUCAAUUUUGCGCCCACACCCGGAGCACUCGGCCUGUACGGCGAUCAGUCGGCGGCUGCGGCUGCCAGCAGCUACUUGGAUCAGUUCCGCGAUGCCACCAAUCCCUACUACAUGCCACCGGCACCAGCGCACCAGCUACCAGCGGUAGCGAAUGCGGCUGGGAAUGGAGCGGACAAGACGCAGAAUCCACUGAACACGGCAGCCGGAUCGUAUCCCUUCCUGGCGGCCGCACAUCCAUCCACCCGAGCAGCGGCCGCAGCGGCGGCAUAUCCCUUCCCGGAUCCAAAUUCUCAGCUCUAUCAGCAGUAUCUGCGGCGCGAUGACUUCCACACGCGAAUGAUCUUCAACCAGAGCCUGCUGGGGGGACCGGCGGCGGCGGCAGCAGCGGCCGGCUAUGGCCAACCGCCACCACCGCCAUCCGCCUAUCGAUCCGCAACGCUGGGCAUGCCCAAGCCGUAUGACAUUAACAGGCAGUCAUGGUUUUAGCAGUACGCCAGUGCCGCCAACGUGGAUCUCCAAGGGGACGACAUAACGGGGGCGGCAACUGGAUCAGCAACAGCGGCAGCAACGGCCACAGGAGCUGCCACAUCAGCGGCAGCCACAGGAGCCACACAGUUAUGAGAUUGCAAGUAGAUUUAACAGCAGAGUAGAACGGUUUCAACCAGGCCAGACAAAUUGUAUUGUGCGGUGUCGAAAGAGGUCAUGGGGCGUAAUUGUUUCUAAAUGAUAUUGUUUGAUAUUUAAGACUCGAAUUUCCUGUGUCCUUGAUUUCAAUACCCUCCGUCUCCUUUCCCUAUCCUUUGUGCAAUUUUUCCUUUAGUUUUGACUGCAGUUGCGCCCCUUGGACCGAAUCGAAGUGAAGCGAAGCGAACCCUUGGGCCCCCAAUUAGCCAGUUAGUUGGUCUUUUUAGUUAGUAUUUAGUACUCGUUCUAAGCCUUUACUUUAUGACAAUUAACUCGUACUAGGCGUAGCUCUAAUUAGGUCUCUAAUUUUGAUUUAAUUAAACUUAAUUUGUUUUUAAUAAUUAACAAAACAAAAUGAUGAAAGAACCAAGCGAAGCAGCAGGAGAAUAGAAAUUCAAAGAAUACCCCGACUAUAAUUAGUUUUUAGUUUAUUUCCACAGAAUUUACAGAUUAGAACGUGUAAAUUAUGAAUAUUAUUAUUGAUUACGUAACUAUCUACUAUUACAAUGACUAUUAUCGAAGCAGAAAAGGAAGGCAGGAUCGUGCAGCGUGCCGGCAAUUUGUUGAAAUAUUUAUUAAACGUAAAACUAAGCAAAAAUCAGCAGGCACACACAACAGAACUACUAUCGUAUCAUAAAGGACACACACACACACACACACUUUUAGUUUGUAGAAAGCCAAGCAAAAAUUGUAUAAACUUUUGUUAAAUAUGCUAAGUAAAACCCCCGUAAGCUCUUAAGCAAACCCCCAAAACACACAAAUAAACCAUUUAAAAAACAGAGCAUGCUCCCAUCUAAAAUAUUGUGCAACAUUCCGCCACAAAGAAAGGAAAACCCUCAGCACUUAUACACCCUCCACCCCCCUCCAGAAAAAAAAGGAUUAAAAAAUACUCUCGACCAUUUUUGCUGUACAUAAAAACUGGUAAAAAAAACAUCUCAAAAUUGUAGCUUUAAACGGUGUAAAAAAAAAACAUUAAUUGAUUCGAAAUUAGAUGGAAAAAUUUAUGAAAUAUGGAAAAGUGUCUUAGUCGCUAUUAAAAAUUAGAGAGGGAAAAAUUCACAAGAAAAUAAAUAAAGUCGAGAGAGAGAGAGAGAGAGAGCCCUUAAUUAAAUAUAAAUAUAAAAUAUAUAUAGAGUCCCCUGCCCGACCCCCUCUACCCGUAAUCGAUUAAGUUGUUAAAGCUUUCGUUUUUCGCAGUUAAAUUUUAAAUUUUCAUUAUGAAUACACAAAAAUAGUUUAUAAA